UCCUUCAUUUGGGACAAAAAAGGGUAGAAAUGAUUUGACAAAAGCUGUAACUCAUAUAAAACUGAGCUUUCUCUUCCCUUCCAAUAGGAAUACAUUACUUAGUCGGAGGGGGCGGUUGGCAGUAGCCACUUCCCCAAGAGAAUUAAUUCAAGGAAAGGAUAUUCUUCCUUUUUGUUUAUUGAUAGAGUUCCGCCGCGUCUUCUUCAACGCUCCAUGAACGAUAAUCUAGAACAGAUGUUGAUCCAGGACGAAAAUUUAACGGACCGGUCGCCGUUUCUUAAACUCAGGCGAUGGCAGUGGUGGCUUUUGGUGGCAAUCAACAUUUUGUUCCUUAUUGCAGGCCAAGCUGCUGCAGUUCUUCUUGGGAGAUUUUAUUAUGAUCAGGGUGGAAAUAGUACAUGGAUGGCAACUUUUGUGCAAACGGCUGGCUUCCCAAUCCUUUGCAUCCCUUUAAUUUUUCUUCAUCCAUCUCAGAAACUGGAAACGUCAACUUCUUCAACCUAUCCUUCCAUCAAGAUUGUUGCUUUGCUCUAUUUUGUUCUCGGAUUACUCGUAGCAGGUGACAAUAUGUUGUACUCUGUUGGGCUGUUGUACCUCUCAGCCUCUACUUAUUCCCUCAUUUGUGCCACCCAAUUAGCUUUCAAUGCAGUUUUUUCGUAUUUGCUUAAUUCACAGAAGUUGACUGCUUUAAUCCUCAACUCCGUGGUUAUCCUCUCGUUGUCCGCUGCUCUGAUAGCAGUGAAUGAAGAUUCAGAUGGACCGUCAGGAGUUUCCAAGGGAAAGUAUCUGGUUGGCUUUAUCUGUACCCUUGGUGCUUCUGCUCUUUACUCUCUUUUACUCUCCCUUAUGCAACUUUCGUUUCAGAAGGUGUUGAGAAAGGAAACAUAUAAUGUGGUUUUGGAAAUGCAAAUUUAUACAUCACUUGUGGCGACAUGUGUUUCGACUGCGGGUAUGUUUGGGAGUGGGGAAUGGAAAGGAUUGCAGGAUGAGAUGAAGGGUUUCAAAAGCGGAAGAGUUUCGUAUGUGCUGACGUUGGUUUGGACAGCGGUAAGUUGGCAGGUAUGUGCUGUUGGGGUGGUAGGGUUGAUUUUCGCAGUGUCGUCCCUCUUCUCCAACGUGAUCAGUACUCUAUCAUUGGCUAUUACACCUCUAGCUGCUCUGCUAGUUUUUCAUGACGAGAUGAAUGGGGUGAAGGUAAUUGCUAUGCUUCUGGCGCUCUGUGGUUUUUGCUCUUAUAUUUAUCAAAAUUAUCUAGAUGAUACAAAGGCAAGGAAAUCGGAAUCACAAUCACAUACUGAUGAUGUUAUUCAGGAAAGCCAUCAUGUAUAGUUCUUCCUCUUGCUAACUUGGUUCCAAUGCAUUCAAUUUACUCUCAUAGAAAAUGGAUUGGAUAGUCUUUUAUCCUUUUUUCUUUUUUCUUUUUUUAUUUGGAAUAGGAAAUAAAAAACAAAAUGCUGUAAUUGCUAUAGUGAAGUCAAGUCAAUCUCUGUUUUUCCUUUACAUUCAGACUAGCUUGUUUACUGUGGAAUUAUUUCUCAUGUGAUUAGCAGUUUAAAGCUAUUCCACCUUCAACUUAGGAUUUGAAUAAGACUUGUGAAUUGUUUUAUUAUCUA